AUGUACAACGGAGCCCUAAAGCUAGGUAUCCAGCCAGCCCUGGAUCCCAACAAUGGCCGCGCUCAAGGAAUCUUUCGCCUCCUUCGCUCCGUUGACCCCAAAACCCAGACGCGUUCUUCAGCUCGAAUCAAUCGCUAUCAUAGGAAUGAUGCGAGGCCAAACUAUCAUAUCCUCUCGGAUACGGCGGUAUCGCGCAUUCUGUUCGAGACUGUCACCGCUGUAGGCGUGGAGUAUAUUGACACGUCUGGUGGCGAGAAGCACAUUGUCCGAGCGAGCAAAGAAGUCAUCAUAGCUGCUGGAAGCGUUCAUACCCCGCAGAUCCUGCAACUUUCUGGGAUUGGCGACACUGCUCAUCUGGAGAGCUUGGGUAUUGAGACUGUUUCAGGUCUCCCUGGUGUCGGUCGAAAUCUGCAGGAUCAUCUGGUUCUGAAAGUGAAUUACAACUGUACGCGACUGAAUUCCAUACUGUCAUUUAUGGAUUGGCUGAUUGAUACAGAUACAUCUAAUCACUUUCCAAACGGCGGUUCAUUGCAGUCCAACGCCACGUACGCCACAGAACAACGCGCUCUCUACGACGCUGGAAAAGCAAGCGCAUUCGACCUCACUGGUACAACUGGUAAUCUCAUGAUUCAGCUGCCGCUUUUAAACUGGACGAACGACUCCGCAUCCAUCAUAUCUCGAGCGUCCUCUCUCUCACCGAGCGAUGUACUUGGUAGCGAUGUCGACCCAUCAGUUCUCGCCGGGUAUGAAAGACAGCGUGCCAUCAUCCUCAAGGACAUCAACGUAGAGGCCGUGGGCGGUCUAUCAUGGAACACCGGCCCAGAAACAAGCAUCUACAUGACCCGCCCUCUCAGCCGUGGUUCAAUCACCAUAAACUCAACUAGCAUCCUUGACGCUCCACUCAUCGAUUACGGCGCGCUGACAGACCCAAACGACCUCGACAUGUUAUACGCGAUCUACAUGAAGAACCGCGAACUAAUGGCAACAUCUGAUACCGCCAUUCUCGGUCCCAUAGAGACAGCACCCGCACCGGGCAUCAGCAAUGAGCAAGAUAUCAAGGAGAAGAUCAAAGCGGCAUUGCAGCCAAGUAACGCGCAUCAGUGCUGCACUGCUGCUAUGAUGCCAAGAGAAUAUGGCGGGGUCGUCGACCCGCAGAAUAGAGUCUAUGGCACGUUCGGACUGAGUGUGGUGGAUGCGAGUACGUGGCCGCUUGUUGCUGGUGGUGGGCCGCAGGCUAGUGUUUAUGCUGGAGCUGAGAAGGUGAGGUUAUGA